AUGGAUUUACAAACUCGAGCCGACAAUCUUCUUGGUAAUUUGAAUAUAAAUUUAAUCCAUGUACCUCCUACUAUCGAGGAAGUUAUAAAUUAUUAUUCAAAUGUUAAAAAAUAUCCCACCCGUAAACGUGGUAGAAAUGAAGAUUGUACUGGAUUUAAAAUAUUUAAAAUUAAUGUGGCCAAUCACAGUAGAAUAUUGGGUGAAAAUAACCAUUUCAUAAUAAGUAAUGUUUCCAAUCUUUUGUGGAAGCAUAGCCAACCAUGGCAAAGAAUUUUAUAUACUGAUAUGGCGAAAAGAUUAAAGGCUCUUAUGGAAUAA